CAGUGGGCCAGGAGGGAAAUAUCUGAGACGGGUUUGGAAAAACUAUCAUACUACCGAACCAAAAAUGAUUUACUCGGACAAUUGCUGUUGCUGUGUGCAGCUUAAGUGCGGCUGCAUCCUGAUAGCCAUCGUUGAGGUGCUCAUCCGCGGGCUGGAUCGGUUCUUUGUGGAUCGCGACAGUCUGUUGGGACUUUUGUCCCUCAUAGUGAGCGGUACUUACGUCAUCUGCUGCAUAUUCCUUCUGCUCGGAGCCGUUUUGGGACUGCGAAGCUUUCUGUGGCCAUAUCUUACGGUGUCCUGCCUCCGUUUCUUUAUUUUGGUUGCCGAGGGCGUGUUCGUGGCCACGGAAGGCAUUAUCAACGACUAUCUUGUCUUUGAUGUUCUCCAAUCCCUUCUUGGCUUGUACUUUUGGUUGGUGGUCUACUCCUACUACGAUCAAUUGAAGGACAAAUGAGUUCUUUUAUAUUUUUAAUAAUAUAAUAUACAUUUUAUUUUUUAAAUCUUA